AGUAUUAACUCAGUUCUGCCUUGAAUGAGUGCCCGAGUCUGAGAGCUCGAGUAGAGCUUUCGGGAUCAGCGCACCGGAUCAGGCACUCUGUCGUACUCUCGAGCGGUAGCCGGCUUUCUGCGGACGUGGCGUCUAGUUCGUGGGUCGGGGUUCGUUUUUUUUAAAUCGGCCGAACUGACGGCUGGUUUUCGCUAGCUGCUGACAAACUUUGUUAAUGAGAUCGUCAAUCGUCGAAGGGAAACAUAGCUUUGUUUCUCGCAGGGGUUGCAACAUCUCCGGUCGGCUGGUCCAGAGCCCCGCGGCAGGUUUCUGCCUGUACAAGUCCAACUGGAGGCUGUCCCUGAACGGCGAACCUCCUUGGCUUGCUGACAGUUGCCUCCGCUGCUCCCGGGACAUCCUGCUGCCGUCAUAGUCUCUCGCUGCCACAAACAAACUGCCUGACACUGAACUAAGGCUGCCUCUUUACUUAUUCCAACAAGAGUCUCUACAUUUCAAAGUUACUGCAAGUGCAACCCUCUCUGGAAUAGUUCGUCUCGCUCUGCUGUUUGCAUCAUGAAGCUGUCAAACACUGACCAGAAAAUCCAGGUCGUGGAGCCCGGCUGGACCGCGGAGAGCGUCAUCCGCAGCAUCAUCGGCUCCGGGGUGCAAGAGAAUGCGUUCUACGUGUUCGACAUUGGGGAAGUGUACCGCCGGUACAAGGAGUUCGUCUCGCUGAUGCCUCGCGUCCAGCCUUUCUACGCUGUGAAGUGCAACGACCACCCGACUAUCUUGAAGCUUUUGGCUGACCUUGGAGCUGGUUUUGAUUGUGCUUCAAAGGGUGAGAUCAACAAGAUCCUCGGCAUGGGCGUGGAGCCCAGCAACAUCAUCUUCGCCAACCCCGCGAAGCCGGCGUCGCACCUCCGCCACGCCGCGUCGACGGGCGUCGACCUCAUGACCUUCGACAACGAGAUGGAGCUGACCAAGGUCAAGGCCCUCCACCCGUCGGCCAAGUUGGUGCUGCGCAUACGCUGCGACGCGGAGGUGGCGCAGUGCAACCUGGGCAUGAAGUUCGGCUGCGACGCACAGACGGAGGGCCCCCGCCUGAUCCGCGCGGCACGCUUCCUCGGCCUGGACGUGGUGGGCGUGAGCUUCCACGUGGGGUCGGGCUGCGGGGACCCGCCCGUGUUCCGGCGCGCCAUCCUCGCCGCGCGCCAGCUCUUCAACUACGCGGCCACCGUGGGCUACCGCUUCCGCCUGCUGGACCUGGGCGGGGGCUUCCCCGGCGUCAAGGGCUCCUCGCUGCACGAGAUCGCGGGCGUGGUGAACGGGGCGCUCGACGACUGGUUCGGGGACGGCGACGUGCAGGUGAUCGCCGAGCCGGGCCGCUACUUCGUGGCCUCGGCCUUCACGCUGGCCACCUGCGUGCACUCCAAGCGCGAGGUGCGCGGCGCGGGCGACAAGGACGCCGCCGUCUCGCACUUCAUGUACUACAUCAACGAGGGCGUGUACGGCGCCUUCAACGUGGUGCUGUACGACCACUUCCACCCGACCGCCGUCCCCCUCAAGGGCUGCAGCGGGAAGAUGACGCCCUCGUCCGUGUGGGGCCCCACGUGCGACUCCAUGGACCUGGUGCUGGAGGACGUGCUGCUGCCGGCGCUGGACGUGGGCGACUGGCUCAUGUUCGAGAGCAUGGGCGCCUACACGCUCGUCGCCAGCACCACCUUCAACGGCUUCCCCACCAGCAAGGUGCACAUCAUCGUGGGCGAGAGCGACUGGCUGCAGAUGUCGGCGGAGCUGCCGGUGAGCCACGACCAGUUUGUGUUCGGCAGCUCCGCGUCGGCGCUGCGCCUGGGCCUGGAUGCGGGAGACGAGGACGAGGCCUGGGGGCCGCCCCCCCGCCUCCCCCCGCCACUCUCGUGCCACGCCGACGCCCCGCCCCCGCCCUUCCUCCGCGACCUGGUCGCCGUGGAGCCCAUCAACUAGCGCGACGGUCCCUCCGUAUCUCACUGUCUCGCCGGUGCAUGAUACUGGGGUACUUCUUUCAUGUCGGGUCCUGAUAUCUCUCUGGGUGGUUAUGGUAUUUAGUAUGACUUGGUGUCAAUCUGUGGUUUUUGUUUCAUGUUCUCAAUUAUUUUUUAAUUUUGUUUGGACUCUGAAUGUUUCUUUAAUGUAAGGUGGAUGCUAGGCAAAGCCAAAAGGCUGUAAAUUGUAAGUCCAUUGGAAUAACAAUUUGGUAUCGAAAGGUUUUAAAAGGCAAUGUACUGUGAGAUGACCAGGAAUGGCUAAUUAUUUCCAGAUAUAUAUGCAACUUUCAUGCACGGCACAAUGCAGGUCAGUCUUCUGAUUUAACUUGUGUUUUCUUUUGAUGAUUUAUGCAGACAAUUUUAAGGCAUUUGUCUGACUUUUUCUGUGAAAUUUUUAUUUUAAUUAUAUAAAGUCAUGAGUACAGUUGUUUUGACAUCACAACCUUAUAUUAAUACUAUUUUGAUUAUCCAGUACUGUUCAUUAGAAAAUUUAUGAUUUCUGAUCUGAAUAAAGGAUGGCAGAAGUGUAAACACUCAGAACAACUCACUCAUGUUGUAUGUUGCUAUUGUUGGAUUACUUUUUGAGAAAUGAAAACUAAAAGUUAUAGAUUGAACCCAAGUUCCCACAAUCUACUUUUUAUGAUCUAUGUAAAGGGGGGGAAAGCAAUUGCAUUGAAAUUAUUUGUAAUGACUAGAGGCAAUUGCACCUUUGGAAUAGGUAAAGAGGCAGCUUUGUGCGCAAAUAAAUGUAAUGUUUUAUUGCCUCGUGCAAUAAAUAUACUUAUAAGCAAA